AUGUGGCAGCUCAAUCUUGAUCGAUCAAAAGAACAAAUAGCAGAGCCAUAUGGAUAUAGAACACAGAUUCACGAAGCUGACGACUCAUCAAGAAGAAGGCAAAAAGACAUCAAAGCCUUAAAACAACAAAAAGCUGCAGAAAUGGCGAACAAGCCUUUUAUGGGGAUGUUUUCCACAUUUUUAAUGCUUUACAUGAGUGGGUCAGCUCUCAACAUCAUCCCAAUCAUUAUCACCUGCAUGGCUAUGUUCACUCCAAUAAAAACCCUUUUCUCCUUCAAAGAAGCCUUUGCCCCAUACGAAGAAGAAGGAGUCUCUCUAUUCUUCCCAAAGCUCAAAUAUCUGACUUUAAACAUGAUCACAAUGCUUGCAGGGAUUUACAAAUUUUCUAUUAUGGGGCUUAUUCCUGUUAACGCUGAAGACUGGAUUUCAAUGAUUCCGAUCAGAGAUCCUAUAGAAGUGUCUUAUGGAACCUUAAUAAGCUAA